UAUUGUAACACACAGCUGGCUAUUGUACUUGUAUCGAUAUCAACAAGUCAACAUCGUCAAUUAUCGAAGUAUCAAUUGCUCCAGAAUCGAGUGUAAAUCUAUUUUGGAAACAAGGGAAUUCAACUUUAACAAUAAACUGCGUAUUUCAUCAUAACAAAAAAAAUGUUGCUGCGACUUGCAUUGGCGAAGGCUCCAUCGAGCAGCUUGCUCUUGGCUAAGUCCUCGAGAAUUAAUCUAAAUGUAGUGCGCAACUAUGCUCGUGGUCCAGUGCGCACCACACGCAAUCCCGGAACCGUGGAUCGGACACAGAUGCGAACUCAACCCACACUCAAGGAGAAGCUAAUGGGCCCACCAAGUGCCAAUGCUUUUUCAUUGGGCAAAGGCGCUGCCGCGGGCGCCGCUGUCGUCGGUCUGGGUGCCCUUUGCUAUUACGGCGUCGGCAUGGGCAAGCACACAAGCAUUGCAGAUAACGCCAUCAUGUGGCCGCAGUAUGUAAAGGAGCGCAUACAAUCGACAUACGCUUUCUUUGGUGGCUCCUGCCUGCUGACUGCAGCCUCUGCUGCUGCUGUCUUUCGAUCACCUCGCCUUCUCUCGCUGGCCUCGCGUGGAGGCAUUGUGGUGCGCUCCAAUCGAAGCUAUAAUACAACCGGUUGGACAAGGGGCAAGGCUCAAGACACAACGGCAGCCGCGACAGCAACAGCCGCCGUAGCGAACGUAACGCAAAGGGGAAAAGUUGAAGAGAAGGUGGAGGUGGACGAUAACUAUAACCGUGAAAUGGAACGACGUUAUCUAAAGAACCCAUUUAAUGAUUUCUCCGGCGGUGAAAAUACGCCCUUUGCCACCGAUGAAGAGCACAUAAAGACGUUGAUAUGCACCUACGUAGAUGCCAUAUUGGAACAUUGUCAUCCCAAUAGCGACGAAGAGGAUAAUCGAGGUGAUUUGUAUGUGGGCAAUGCUGGCAUUGCCUACAUGUUCUGGAAGCUUAAUAGCUGCGAGCAAACCCGUGAACUCUAUCCGGCAUUGGAGCACGCGGCGGCCUUCAUACGUAAUGCCAAAGCAAAUGCAAAACGCUAUAAGAAAAGAUCAGCUGAACGAUAUUCCUUUCUCUGUGGCAAUGCAGGCAUCUAUGCCGUCUCCGCAGCCAUAUCACAGGAAUCGAAGAAUACGGAGGAAUUAUCCACAGACUUGGCCAACUUUAAGUCGGGCAUUCCAUCAAGCAAAGAGUUCAUGCAUACGAAAUAUGGUUGUGAUGAGGUGCUAGUGGGACGAGCAGGCUAUCUAUCUGGCUGCUACUGGCUCAACGACGUGCUGCCGGAGAAAAAGAUCACGGAUGAUGAUCUCGUCUCUAUUUGCCAGCUAAUCAUCAACAGCGGGCGAGAGUAUAGUAAAUUGAAUAACUCUCCAUUGCCAUUGAUGUACCAAUACCAUGGCACGGAGUAUCUGGGCGCUGCUCAUGGCCUUUGCUCUAUUUUGCACAUGCUCUUGGAUAGCCCAUGGUUUCGUACGGUUCCCAUAUCGGCGCCCGCUGCUGAGCUACGAGAUAUCAAGCGUUCGAUUGAUUUUUUUCUGGAACUGCAGGAUGGUGAGGGAAACUUUCCGGUAGCUCUGGAGGAUUUGCGUUCGGGCCGGGACAAGCGACUUGUCCAUUGGUGUCAUGGUGCCCCUGGCGCUGUCUAUCUGAUGGCCAAAGCCUAUCUAAUCUUUAAGGAGGACAAAUACAUUAUGUCGCUGCGUCGCGCCGCGGAUUUGGUGUGGAAGAAGGGAUUUUUGCGCAAGGGGCCGGGCAUUUGCCACGGCGUAGCCGGCAAUGGUUACGUCUUCCUUCUCCUCUUUCGCUUGACCAAUGAAAUGAAGUACCUGUAUCGUGCUCACAAAUUUAUGGAACUCUUAACCAAUUCUGAGUUUAAGCAACGUGCGCGCGUUCCUGAUCGACCGCACAGCCUAUACGAGGGAGUCGCUGGAACCGUUUGCUUCCUUGUCGAUCUCCUUGAGCCGGAACAAGCUUAUUUUCCCUUUAUGGAUGUCUUUCAUUAGAUAAUCCUAGCCACAUCCCUUUCCUCCUGCUUCCCAUUCCUUAUCUAGUCAAUUUUUUUUUCUUCAAAUUCAGCGCCUAUCUUGUUGAUAUUGCUGCUAGUGAAGAAUAAUUCUUCAAUUCAAUUUACACUCAAAUUUGUAGGUGUCCUGGUAUCUCUUCAUAUUUACUUUUUUUGUUGUAUAUCUAAAAUAUCUACCGCGCUCUUUAUCGCCUCUCCCACACACUACAUUUUGAUUGCGUGGUUCAAUCAUAUUCUCAUAUCAAAAUUCUCUGUGCUUUAAGCUAAGCAAUUAAAUAUUAAAUAAUACGCAUACAUAAAUAUUCAGAUAUA